AUGCCAUGCUUCUGCCAGUUUUUCAACAAAACCAAGCAAUACCGACCCAUCGAAAAGAGUGCAGGAUCCAGCUCCCAUCAAACCGAAACCAUUCGCGAGGGUAACGUAUCGGCUUCGGAGCUCGUCCAGCUGAAAGCGGAAGUAUGGUCACUCAGAAAUGCCCUCUCGGAUGCCACUGCGGUGAACAGCAAUAUGCAGGAUGCCAUCACCCAAGCGGUAGCGGAAAAAUACGAGCUACUGAAUGAGUUACAACGAGCAAAGAAUGAUAUUGCUGCGCUGGAAUCUGACCGCCAGAAGGAACGUAAUUUGUACUGCCAGGAAAAAGAUACAUUUCUCCAGGAAAUUGCAUCCUAUCGAGCGAAAAUCAACGAAUUGUCCUUUCUGGUGGAUAAAAUCUCAAAUCAAAACAUUGAAUUGAAAAAGUCACUGCUGGAAGCAAAUGAUACUAUUUGUAAAAUAGGUCAGAAAUACAUGAAGCUUAAAUCUAUGGGUUACUAA